GCCCGACGUCACGGGCUGACGUCAGGCGCGCCGCGCGCUCAUGGCCAGCUCUCGUGCCAGUGAUAAACGCACCUCGGCCACGACUCCGUGUCAGACAUGCUGCGCGCUUGAAUUACCGCCGAAAUCCCACAGCUGCCUAAUGCAUCUUUGCCUGUCACCAACACAACACAAAUGUCAGCCGUCACCGCACGAGGAGCGGCGGUUUUAUCACAUUUUAGAAAAUGACUGAAGGUCCCCAACAGCAACAUGAGAAGCCGAUGUGUGUACGAGUGUGGCUGGAGGUAGGGCACGCGUGCGAGCCGCGGCGGACGGCGUCGGGGCGCGCGCUCGCACUCGACUGGCGCGUGUGGGUGCGGGGCGCGCGCGGCCGCGACAUCAGCGCCUUCGUGCACAAGGUCGUCUUCCAUCUUCACCCGGCGAGCGCAUUCGUUUAUCCGAAAAGAGUGCUGCAAGAGCCGCCGUAUGAGAUCCAGGAGUCUGGCUGUUCGUCGAUAGACAUUCCGAUACACGUGUACCUGAAGUAUAGCACUAAACCAAAGAAAAUCCGUCUAAGGUACAGUCUCCACAUCGAAAACAAUAACAAAGCCAGCUCCGAGUCGAGGUGCGUUUAUUACGACUUUAACAAUCCAACUGAGCAACUAUAUAAAGCCUUGAUGAAGGGUGGAGGCGAAGUUAUCCCCCGCGCCGGCGGCUCCGACCGCGUCGGCAACAAACUCGUCGUGCUACUUUCCGAUGAAGAGAAACGGGAAUUAAAAGUAAACAAAUCUAAAAGAUACAAAUUCAUUGAACCUCUUCGAUGUAAACACGUGUCAAAGGCUGGUUCCAAAUACGUCAUUGAAGAGAUAUGUCCAAAGUGCGGCGAAUCAAUUGACGCCGAUUUUAGGAAACAGCUACGCGCCGUUGAGAUGACCGAAGACGAAAUCAAUCGGGUGUCACAGUUGUAUUUAUCCUUCACUAGUUAUGAAAAAUCGGCUAAGGCUAUAAAAUUGCCUCCUUUUUCUGAUUCAAUUUAUAAAGUACCGGAACUACCAAUUUCCCUUCGUGGGGCUCUAGAUAACAUUCAAGCUGAUUAUACAAUGUUAUGACGUGCCUUAUUGCUACUUUUCUUGAUAUUUCACUGUGCCAUUAAGUACGUAUGACAUAAAUAAGCUGCGACUGGGCCCAUUAUUCUCGCUAUAAGCAAAUAAUGGAGAUAGUUCCACAUAGAAGCAAGGAUAUAAGCUUUUAUAUUAUGUCAAUAUUUUAUAUAUUUUCCCUUUUACUUAGGCAAAUAACUAUUUACAGUUGUUAAGUUACCUAUAAGGUUUAGAUUAGGUAUAUUUUUAUCGUCUGUUGUUAUAGUGUUCGUUUGUACUGUGUGCUGUGAGAAAGAUCUCAAAAUAAUUUAGUAUUCCUGGAAUUAAAAUUUUAUUUACACUUGAACCUUUUUUAUUUGUCAAAUAUAAUAAAUAUUAUCUAAUUUAAGUAUAAACUUUUUUGCAUGUGUAUAGCUAUUAAUGAAUGACGAAUGUUAUUUGUAUUGUUAUAAAAUCUUUAAAAAUAUAUAGGUAUCAAACGUAUGUAUUGAAGUAAUUAAUUUAUUUUAGCUAGACCGUUAAAAUUAAAUAUUAUUGUGAUAAAAUUAGGCUAGGAAGUGCAAUGACUGUUAAUGAAGAAAAGAGUGGUUAAAAGAGUAUAUAUUUAAUAUAAAAAAGUUAGUCUUUAGGCUACAUAAAUUUAUAUGUAUAAUAUGUAAGUAACUACCUAGUUAUAUUUUGAUAAAUGGUGCAAACAAUACUAUUAUUUUUACUUUACUAUAUGUAAAAAACAGGGUACAUUUUAAAGUAGAUAUUAGUAAUAAAAUUAAAUUGAAUGAACACAAAAUAACAUUUUAGUAAAAUUUAUUUAAAGUUUUUAUUUGAAGUUAACUACUUAUCUGUUAGCAUAUUUUAUAAUGUAUAUAUAUGUAUAUGUAAUGUAUUUGUUACUCAAUGUUCAAAACAACUCCCUGGAAAAAUUAUGAAGAAAAAUAUUUACUUAUUUAAUAUAAAUU